ACAGUGAGCUCCAACCAGAGCCAUGGGGAGUUCCCGGACUGCCGCAGCGAGAGGGAGUCGGGGGGGGAGGCGUCUCUGCUGGUGUCUCCUCUGGUGCUGGCGGGGAUCGUUAUAGGUCUGGUGCUCUUCCUCUCCUGCGUCACCAUCAUCGUCGGCAGCCUGCGCAAAGACAGCCGCCUCCGAAACCCUCACCUCAGAGCGAGCUACGGUCUGGAUGGUUUUUCCUACGGAGGCUCAGUAGGAGAGCUGAGAUCGACCUGCUUAGAAGAUUUCCCUCCGGGUUUAGACUUUGAUUCGUACAGAGAGACUUUGUCCCAGGUCAACAGCUUUUACCCCGACUCACCACCACGAUACGAUGAGUGUGUCGGCCCUGGAUCGUCUCAGAUGUUCCUCCCUACAGACGACCCUCCUCCUUACUCCCUUUUGGACCCCUGUCAGAGGGGGGAGGAACAGGAUCCGUCUCCCCAGGAUCCAUCUCCAAACUACGGGGAGACUUCAGCCAGCGCCUCCUGGUUCUCCCCCUCUCAUUUCCCUCUGGAUCAUCAACACAUCGCCUCCAUUUCCUUCCCGAUGGAGGCAGCGCCGCCAUAUGAGGCCGUUUUGUCCAAUCAGCCCCUCCCCCUCAUGCCAUGUGACCUCUAUAAACACCAAUCAGAGGUGGCGGCAGACCAGAUUUUGUCGGACUUUAAUUAAUGUGUUCCUUCCACCUGCGCUGUUUGAUGUCCCCGGUUGAAUUAUUACAAACACUGGGAAUAAAAUGGGUGUCAGGAGCAGCUGUGACUCUAAUAAGAUUUGACACUUCAUAAAAGGCGGGGAACUUGCUCAACGGACUGGAAAGAAGCUCCAGUUUUCAGGAGGAAGUGAAAACACACUGUAUUGUAAUGUGUCUGGAUCACCUUCCUCUUAUUGAUGCUCCCUCGGACAAAAACGUUCCUACUCUAACAUCCAUUAAUACCAUCACACGUCUAGCUGUGUUUUUUGCCAUGUUUUGACCGUCCACAUAGCACCUUUUGUCAAGGUUUCUAUGACACGAUAUCUUGAUAACGUAUCACAGCUGUUAUAGGACAGACUAGCUCCAAUCCUUUGCCUUCUCUCUAUCUCAUUGUGCUACUAUGAUAUGUGUUUGACAUUGUUUUUAACUCACACUUUGUCUGAUUGAGCUUCAGUCUGACAGCCGCAGAGCGAAUAAGACGAUUCAGUAAAUACUUCAUUCACACAUGCUCAAACAAAUUAGCCUUUUCUGACUUUGUUAGGAUAGUUUCUGUCUUACAAAAAUACGCUUUUACUCCACUUUCUACAGUGACAACACCAGCGCUUUGAUAAUAAGUUCAAAUAUGUUCAAUUAGACAACCAAAAACAGGCGAACCCUAACCUUAUACUCAUAGGAACCAAUUGAUAAAAAGACGCUGGCUAUGUGGACAAAAGCUCUCUCCGUAUUAAAUGAGAACUCAUGUUUGGGGGUUUAGGCUGCAACUCAAAUCUUUUGUAAUCAAACUGUAGAGGACAGAAAGCUGUGUGUAGAAGAGUGUGAUCAAUGUCAGUGUGGUGUUUAGAGAAGUCGUUUUAAAGCACACAGAGUACCCCCCUUCCUUUUGUGUUGAUUGUACCUGUCAGCAGGGCCGUCCCUCCCUACAGGCCGAUCAUGCAGACUGUGUGGGGCCUCAACUUGCGGAGGGGGCCUCAACUGACUGAGGGUGCGCAACCUAAACCUUAUGCGGCGCAAUUAGUGUGGAUCGGCACGGUUUCGCCGCUGCGAGGCUACACUCACACACCACCCCCCCCGGUCGACGCUCGCGAAACAGAGGGCCUCAUCAUAUCACUUUGCGUGGGGCCUCAUGUUGGCCAGGGACGGCCCUGCCUGUCAGAGUACAAUAACCUGAGUAUUGUACACAAAAUCUUUGAGAACCAGAACAGCUGAUCUCCAGUCUCUGUGUGUAAACAUUUAGAGCAGUGUAGCUUUAAAGAGGCCCUAUUAUGCUAUGUUUCCCUUUCCUGUAGUGUUAUAUAGGUUUUAGUGCAUGUAAAUGGUCUACAAAAGCUAAAAUCUCUGUGUUCCCUCCAUAGGGAUUUUCACUCCCACACGUUAGGGCUGCUCGAUUAUGGCAAAAAUCAUAAUCUCGAUUAUUUGCGUCAAUAAUUGAUAUCACAAUUAUUAAAAACGAUUAUCCAUUUACUUUGCAAACAUCCAUUUAUUGAAAACAAAUGAACAGUUUGUUUUUAGCAGUUGAUUACCCUGAACUUUAAGAAUAAUUCAACUGAAAAACCAAUAAAAAAAAUUAUAAUAAAAAAAAUAAUCGUUUUAUUUCGAUUACGUUGUUUUCGUAAUCGUUGCAAGCCAAAAUUGUGAUUAAUUGAGCAGCCCUACCACACAUGGGACUCCUUUAUUACUUCAUGAACAAAGUGACAUCACUAUAUAACACUUGCAGGAGUACAAACUGUAGGCUAAGGGGUGGGACAUCUCUAAGAGGUGGACCAAUCACAACAGAGCCAUCCAGCUAACCAAUCAGAGCAGACUUUUUCAACAUUAAAGCAUGUAAACAGCCACAAAAGAAAAAUAUUAACCUGAAAAAGAGCAUAAUAGGGCCCCUUUAAGUGUAGAAAUAUCGUUCUUCGUGGUUUGAAGAUAGAAUUUUUUAUGAAAUGACGAUUAAAUAAUUACAUAGAACUGAAGACUGUGUUUACACGUGCAGCUUUAUAUUUGCAGCAUUCAUAUGUCAUCACCAGAGAGGGAAGUUGUUGUCCGAAACUCUUUCUAUCAAGGGCUCUGGUUUUAUUAUAUAUAUGUAUUAUUAUAAUAUUGGACCCCAGCAGCCAGAUGUAGCUCAGAGCCCUCCUUAUAAAGAAGUGGGGCUUAAUGCAAAAGAGAAGAGACACUUUAAACUGUAGACCUUUACACACCGUUUAGAUAAAUGCUUUUGUUUGUGUCUCACUUCUGUGUUUCUAUGUCAUGAAGGAUUGAACUUGGUUGGAGCCAUAGUUGAGGUUAUUGCACUAAAGCUGUAGCUUUCCAAACAUCUUCUUAUUUAAACCUGUGGAAGAAACUGGAUUGUUUUUUAGCUGUGUGUGUUAGUUAUUCUUGAGGAAACACAUCAUCACUUCCCACUUACUGAAACAGGAAGUCAUUUGAGGCUGAGCUCACAGUUGUUAUUCAUAAUUUUAGGAUAUAUGUGCAUAUUUUUGCGUUUCUUAUUAGAUAAACUAGUCGUUGUUUAUCGUCAACAUUGUUUUUUUCGUAAAUAUAUGCCUGAUAGGCCUCAGACUGUUAGCUUGUAGCCAUAAUAAGAUGAUCCCAAUGCAACUAACUCGGUGUUUUUCACUGCUACAUGUGGAUGUGGUAUUAAAAAUAAUUGAAUUUCUGCUAAAUAAAUUGUGAUGACAGAUUAUAGUGAGGGAAAUAUCCCAUAGUUUCACCAUCAGCCACCAGGGGGCGAUGCAGCUACAAUAACACACUCGAAAAAAACAUUGAAUUAAUAAUCCAGAAUCACCUGGGUUUACUUUUCCAUGUGGUGUAACGUGAGAGCUGUUAAUGCUUUAUUAGCUGAUAGGGAAAGUAAAGAUCUUCAGGGUUGUAAGUGUUAUAGUAUUUGUUCAUUAAACGUAUUGGAAACUAGAGAUUGUUCAUCACAUGUCAUGACUUUAACACUAUUGUUCGUGCAUCGUCUGUAAAUCAGUGUUUUACAUCCUUCCUCUCUUUAUGUCACACAGACGUCAUGUAUAUAUUAGGAACUGCUGUUAUGAUAUGUAUUAGAGAUUUUGGUAAUCAUUUUUCUUCUGUAGAGGAGAUCAAAUAAAUCUGAACUCUUAUUUGAA